GAAACAGUAUCGACAGGGUUUAACACGUGUGCGAUGCCUACUACGUUCGAUAAUAGUUGUGUCCGCAGAAGAAGAGCUUAUUUAAAUAUGUAAUGAAACAGGUUUAAUAUCCACAAUAUAACUUCUUUAUAAAGUUUUUUUUCAUUUUUAUUGGUUGUUUAAAGUCAUGAUGUUACACACGCCAGCACCGUAGGUGUCGGCAAGCACGUUAAACGUUGGUUUGUAGCCCAGUCCGCCAACGAGAGAGAAGAAGAGAUGCCGUAAAGUAGAAGUAGAAGAAGCCUAUUGUGAGAGGGGGGAUAGCUGUAUCGCCAGGACCGAUCUGUGGCAUUGAGAGGCUGUAAACGGAGAUAAAAUCCACGUUGAAGAGCUUGGGGCUUUUAAAUUCUGUGGACACAGAUUCCAGAGCAUCCAGGUUCAAGUUAAGGAUUGUGGACGACAAUUUAAAGACUCUUAUUAACGAACAACCAAACUUUUUUGAAGCAUUUGAGACGCACAAAGAAAGAAACCAGUAAACCCUUUGGAUCGAGUCAUGUCUCGCCGAAGAAGCUGCAGCGCAUCACCGGGGCGUUUUUCUCGCACUUGCAGCAGUAAUGAUCCGAGAGAAAUGGAGAGACGAAUUUUUGUUGGGAAUUUGCCGACCUCGGACAUGGAAAAGAAGGAUUUGGAAGACCUGUUCAGCCCGUAUGGGAAGAUAGUCGGAGUGUCGAUGUUUCGUGGGUUUGGAUUUGUACAAUUUGAACGUGUUGAGGAAGCCGAAGCUGCAAAGUCUGCCCAAAAGGGUCGAAUAUAUAAAGGUUAUAAAAUAGAUGUAAAUAUGGCAGUGGAGCGACGACAAGCUAAACUUCAAUCCCAGCAGAGCCCUCCACGAAGGGCCCCGUAUGGCAGUUAUGGGGACAGCAAAGAACCCCAAACUCGGUCACGCUCACCGGUUUAUGGACGGGAGAGCCGUGAAGGGCGUGAGCCUCGGGAGAGCCGUGAUGGGCGGGAGUCUCGGGACAGCCGUGAUGGGAGGGACCCGGGUAGAGAGUCGAGGCCAGGUGGCCACUCUCGUGACCAUGAUUACCGGUACCGUAGCUCAGAGAGCAGAGACAAAGACCCCAGAGGCCCAGACCCCAGAGGCCCAGACCCCAGAGGCCCAGAUCCCAGAGGCCCAGAGUCACGUGAUCCUGCAUACAGCAGAGAUGACUAUGACCGAUACUACCGCAGUGGCAGUGGUGCAGAAGACUUUUAUCGGAGGAAGGAUGAACCCUUCAGGGACCCUUACAGAGAUCCCUGGAACGGACGCCGUGAGCCAGAGGUAGAUGAUCGUGCUCGACCAGAAGAGCGUCGGCGUAACGAAUUGUAUCGACAGUACUAUGAAGAACUCCAGCGGCGCUACGACACUGACCGUCCUGUUGACUGCUCUGUGAUUGUCGUCAACAAGGCACAAAAUGUGUACUUGUGCUCCGAAAACAACUGUAGGGAGUAUGCGGAGACGGUCGGGCGGAAAGUCCGUGAUUUGGGCAUGGUGGUGGAUCUGAUCUUCCUCAACACAGAAGUCUCACUAACCCAGGCACUGGAGGAUGUAGGCCGAGCUCGCACUCCCUUUGCCAUCAUCAUUACCCAGCAGCACCAGGUCCACCGGUCGUGCACUGUCAACAUCCUGUGUGGCACACCGCAAGAGCAUCGGAACAUGCCAAUGCAGGAUGCCAUGAUGCUGGUUGCCCACAAUUAUGACACGUACAAAGUUGAAAACCGCGAAAAAGAACGCGAGGAGAUUGCCAGAAAUGCUGCCAAGAUGGCGGACAGUGUAUUACUCAGGGAGCCUGACAGAGAGAGCCACCCGGUUUCUGUGCUCACCGCCAUCACACUGCUGUCUGAAAACAGAUUUGUAACACCAGAGGAAAUGGAUGGACUCAUUGCCUACCUGACGGACAAAAGAACCCGGCUGCUACGAAGCGCUGCAGACCCUCUUGCAGCUACAGUCCAUGCUGCAGCCCCUGCAGCAGUACACCAUGACGUUCCACCCUCAGCCGCAGGACUGCCACCUGCAUCCCAUCCGACUCGCACACCCGCACAGACCAGCCACCUCGGCUUAUCCGCUGCUUCAGGCGCCUCAGCUAACCCCAGCCAUCAGCAGGAGCUGCAGGCUAAAAUCCUCAGCCUGUUCAACAGUGGCAGCGGGGUUUCAGCAGGCGCUAGUGGCCCACCCUCCGCCUCCCAGCCACAGGCCUACAGCUCCCUUGGCCCACCACCGUCCCAGAACCCAGCCCGCCCACCCAUGCCUGGCCCUCCUGCAGUUGGUUCCCAGGGUUAUGGCACCCCACCUGGCCGCAUGCAAGUCCCACCCGGUGUUCAAAGACCCCCCACUUCUGCCUCAGGUAUCAAUUUUGACAACCCAAGUGUACAGAAAGCGCUGGACACCCUCAUUCAGAGUGGACCGUCUCUCAACCACCUGGUGGGCCCUGCUGGCUCACAGCAGCAACCCCCAAGGUCUGCACCCAGCAUGGGCCAGGUCCCGCCUAUGUCCAUGUAUCCCCGGCAUUACUGAUAGGUUGUAGUGAAUUUAUUACUUCUCCUAAUGUGAGGUCCACCUCUCCCUGUGACACAAGUAGACACCACAUCAAUUCUCUGUGCAGUGAAUUUACCAGCUGUGAGUAGGAAUAUUUGAAGGUUGGAUCUUUUUGUAAGAGCUUUUAAUCUUUUUUUUUUUUUUUUUUUUUUUUUUUUUUUUAUUCUGAGUAUUGUGUUAAGUUGAUUUAAAUUUGACAACUUGUCCAGACUUUGUAAUGGUCUGUAUUUUCAAUUGUUAUUAGCCAGAAGAUAAUUAUUCUUCUUACAUGUAAGUUAAACUAUGAGGCAAAGUUGCAUGUGCAAAGUACACUAUACUUUGGUUUAUGAUGGACUCCUUAGUUCUUUUCCAACCAUGAUCGAUUGUGUUUUAUAGUUAACCGUGUCUUUUUAAUUUGUAACAUUUUCAUUGUCAAAACAAGACAUGAUUAAAAACUCCACACAAUUGUAGUAAUAAAAUGGUAUUGGUUUAUUGCA